AUGUAUCUCCCAGAGGAACGGCCUGUGCUGGACUUACCUUACCAAAUGAAUCAUUUAGCUAAUAACUAUAGAUAUUAUCCACAAGACUGUAAGGAACCCAUCUGCCGAACUCAGCACAGCACCGAUGGCAGGAUGGGCAGAACUGAAGCUGAAUUGACCUCACUGCCGGUUCACGUGUCACUGCAAGAUCGGGAGCUUUGGGAUAAAUUCAGCGGUUUCGGCACAGAGAUGCUGAUUACUAAAUCUGGAAGGCGUAUGUUUCCCAGCUGCAAAGUAACAGUGACAGGACUGAAUCCUAAAGUCAAGUAUGUGGUGAUAAUGGACAUGGUGCCGUUUGAUAAUCGCAAGUACAAGUGGAAUAAGGAUUGUUGGGAAGUGAACGGUUCAACUGAUCCACACCUGCCCAAUCGGUUCUUCAUCCAUCCAGACUCGCCUGCACCUGGAGAGAAAUGGAUGCAGUAUCCAAUCUCCUUCCACAAGCUCAAACUGACCAACAACACGCUUAACUCCAAUGGCUUGGUGGUUCUCCACUCCAUGCACAAAUACCAGCCCCGUCUACACAUAGUCCAGUCUCCAGACCCCUGUAACCCUCACAAACCUGGCGGUUACCUGCGCUUCACCUUCCCUGAAGCUGCUUUUGUAGCCGUCACAGCCUACCAGAACCAAGAGAUCACAAAACUCAAGAUUGACAACAACCCCUUUGCCAAAGGCUUUCGUGACAAUGGACUGAACAGGAAAAGGUUUAGAGACAAAGAGACCCAAGAAACCAAAGAUUCAGAUGGACAGGACAAACGAAAUUUGACACCAAAUGAGCGUGCAGUGGGACAGUCACAGAAAGACGAGGAAGUCGACGUGACCGUGUCCAGCUCUGUUGACCGCACCCUUAUUUCAGACGUGGCUUCCUCGGUCACCCCAAACCCUUUCAUAUCAGCCUUCAAUAGCCUCAGCACGGCUGGAGGACCUUCACCCCAACAGACCCACACCAUUCUCAGCCUCAGCAACAGACACCUCAACAGUCCCAGAGAAGCCAGACCCUCCAGCCUCCGUAGUCUUUGUGCAUCUCUGCCCAUGGCCCAGAGCUCCUGUGUCCAGUCCUCCACAGCAGACCCAAACCUCAGCCGACUGCCAUCUCAGAUCAGCAGCCCUCUAAACCACCACCACCACAGCAGUCCCACCUCUCAGACCCCUGGCAGAUCCAUAAUCCAGCUCCAGACUUAUUUCCCUACCUCUCCCCAUCCCUCAAGGCAAUGUCCUGACAUGGAGCUGCCUCCUAAAUUGAGUCGGAUGCAACUUCCUGAAAGUGUUCUGAGGAACCUGGAGAUGACCCCAGUCUACGACUACGUUAAUCCGAGACCCUUCACUGACAUCCUCAACAGGAUCCAUUUUCGACCGUUAGCCUCUGGAACAGCAGGGAAGGGCCUGCAAAAUCCCCACCACCCUGAGCAGUACUCCCGCGGGUCAGAACGAGAGCUGCGCCCGCAGAUUUAUCCAGCUGCUCAGGAAUACAUUGAUCAACAAUUCACAUUAAACAGAUCACAGAUGGACUACGUCAAUGCCAGACCACUAACUGAAUACUAUGGUGAACAGCAGAUUGGGAAAUGAAGUUUAUCGGUUAUCAUCUAAUUAUGCCUCAUUAUGUUGCUCAUGUCCAGCAGAGACUGCACUGCUUCAAUCUGCAUCACUAGUUUACAAACCAGAUGUUGAACACACAGAGCUUGCCAACAAAAGAAUGUAAAUAUUAUUUUCAGUGGGAUACAAGGUUGUUUGCUGUAACUGAUGUCGAUAUUUGUUUCACAAUUAACGGAAUCCUUUGGCAAAUAGCAAAACGGUCAUCCGGCCCCCUCUCCAUCUGGUAUGGAACACACAAUUUUUAUUAUCCAAACAAUUCCUAUCAUACUCACCCCUUGAUAAUCCAGUUUCACUUGGAAAUAUGCCAUAUUACAAAGCAAGAAGUGUGGACUGAAAUUCACGAAGUUGAAAGAAAUCCAGAUACAUAUCACAUUAUUAUUACUGUCUCAAUCAUCUCUGAUCUUGUGUUUUUUUAAUAUUUGUUUUAUAUUAAACCUAAAUACUGUGUUCUGCAUAGUUUUUUUAAACAUAACUUUUCUUAACAUUGUAGAAGUUGACUUACAAAGCCCAUAAACUUGGAAAUAGGCU